AUGUUUAAAAUAACAGAUGUUAAAUGGAUAAGAAGUAGACUAAUAAGUAGAGUUAAAUUUGGAAAAAUAUACCUUGUGUUGAAUCUAAAUUCAUUAGAAGUGAUUAUAGUUAAGCAAAUAAAGCAACCAUUAAAUCCUUCAGAUAAAAAGAAUGAACAUUAUAAAGCUCAGGAUAUUAGAGCAGCUAAUAUCCUUGUUGAUGAAGAAAGUUGUUGUAAAAUCUCUAAUUUUGGAAUAUCAGAGAGAAAUA